GAACCAGGCGUCUCUGCUGUCCCGGCGGGUCCCGCAGCAGCGAAGGGCGAUGGGGCGAAUCCCCCACAGACCGGGCGGCCCUUGGACAGGGAUUUUCCUGGCAGCCUCCAUCCUGGGCUCCUGCCUCCAGCCGGCGCCGGCCCAGACCCCGACCCCAGUGACCAUCGUCCUCACCCCGCCGAGCCCCGCGGUGGGAGGGGGCGUCAGCCUGGCCCCCCCGAAUCCUCCACAGGACUUCACGUCCUGCAGCUGGUACCGAUCAGCGACUGUUGAUGGAAACAGCCAGAUCCUCACCUACAACCCAGGACCACCCCCCGUCCAGACCAACGGCUUGGCCCACACGGGGCGGGAGACAGCGGGGCCGGGCUGCGCCCUGCACAUCGCGGGGUUAACGCUCAACGACACCGGGAGCUACACGGUGCAGAUUCAGAGCCCGACUAGCCCUGCCGUCACCACCACGGUGCAUCUGCCUGUCUCUGAAAUGCUGCCCAAGCUCACGGUGACGCCAAACCAAGCCCAGGUGCUGGAGAACGGGACCUUCACCCUCACGUGUAACAGCUCCCCCCACGCCGACACCCUGCUCUGGCUCCGGGACGGGGGCGUCCCUGCGCCCAGUGACCGGCUGGGGCUGUCCCCUGACAAUCGGACCCUCACGGUGCUGGGUGUCACCCGGGCCGACGCCGGCGCCUACCAGUGCGAGGUCAGGAACCCCGUCAGCACCGAACGCAGCGAGCCCAGCACCGUGACGGUGGCCUAUGGGCCAGACUCCACCAGGAUAGACCCGCCUGGACCCAUCAACGUGACCUUCGGGUCCCCUCUGACCCUGACGUGUGUCACCGACUCCGUCCCAGCCCCGAGCUAUCGUUGGGGUCUCAACGGCACAGACAUGAAGGAGACCGGGACCAACUUGAGCUUUAGCCCCACGACCUGGGCUCAGCACGGCACGUACGAGUGCCGGGUCCACAACCCCGUCACCAGCCGCACUGCCUGGGCGUCUGUCGCUGUGCGGGUCAUGGAAAUGCUGCCCAAGCCCACUGUGACGCCAAACCAAACCCAGGUGCUGGAGAACGGGACCUUCACCCUCACGUGUAACAGCUCCCCCCACGCCAACACCCUGCUCUGGCUCCGGGACGGGGCGUCCCUCGCGCCCAGUGACCGGCUGGGGCUGUCCCCUGACAACCGGACCCUCACGGUGUCGGGUGUCACCCGGGGCGAUGCCGGCGCCUACCAGUGCGAGGUCAGGAACCCCGUCAGCACCGAACGCAGCGAGCCCAGCAACGUGACGGUGGCCUAUGGGCCAGACUCUGCCAGGAUAGACCCGCCAGGACCCAUCGACCUGACCCUCGGGUCCCUUCUCACCCUGUCGUGCGUCGCCGACUCCGUCCCAGCCCCGAGCUAUCGCUGGGUCCUCAAUGGCACCGACACUAACGAGACCGGGACCAGCUUGACCUUUAACCCCACGACCUUAGAUCACCAGGGCACGUACAAGUGCCAGGCUCACAACCCAAUUACCAACCGCACUGCCCGGGCAUCUGUCGCCGUGCGGGUGACAGGGACGGCCCCAGUCGCCCCUCGUCCAGGUCUCUCUGCCGGGGCCGUCGCUGGGAUCGUCAUCGGGUUGCUGGCGGGGGCGGCGCUGGUCGGAGUCGGGGCCUAUUUCCUCUACUCUCGCUGCCAGAACGAGACCCCCAAGGAGAACGAGGCACCUGUCCCAGUGUACGAGAACCUGCCCCCGACAGUCGGGGCGGGGCCAGUGGCCCAGCCCGGGAGCCCCCCUGACCCCAGCCCCACGUACCAGACGCUGCAGCCCCGACAGCGGGACAUGUACGAGGAGCUGAAGAAGUGACGCCCCCUCCGGCCCCCCCGGUGCAUGCUGGGAAAGGCGCGUCCCCGAGCCUGGGUCCCGCCGAUGAAGCGUUAAAGGGCAGGAACAGCCACCGCCCGGCCCGGGCGGUCGGUCCGUCCGUCGAGGCUGCUUCCCUGGCGCCCAUCACCGCGGCGUCUGGGCCCCUCCAAAGAAAUCAGAAACUCGGCGCCUGUGAGUGGCUCUGGCUCCAUUCUGCCCAGCACAGUAUUUGGGAGCCCGCCUCUGCCACCGGCUCGGGGACGUCUCAGGACCAAACACCUCCCAGCCCGGGGCACGUGCCCUGUUUUCUGCCCCCCUGAGCUGAGCCUGGCGCGCUGAGCUGUGUCCCCCCCAGGCCGCGGGAGCUCCCCACUGCACAGAGGGGCCCGGGCAGCUCAGUGACCAGCCUGGGUCCCACGGGGAGUCUGUGGGGCUGCAGGGACUCGGACCCGGGUCUCCCCAGUGCCCAACUGGUGCCCAAACCAGGGCCAGGGGUCCCCGCCCAGGGCUUCCCCCCCACCCUGCCUCCAGUGCCCGGCCCUGCAUCUUCCCCUCCCUGGGGCAGUUCUCCCAUGCAGAGCUGUGAACAGCGAUGCCGACCCGCCCGGCUGGGACCUGGGACCCCUGGCGGAGGGCACAGGGCACCGUGGGGCUCAUGGGGCUCCCGGCUCUGAUGUCUACAGACCAGCCCCCAAAGGGGCUCGUGGGGUCCCUGCCCAGAGCUGGCAUCGCUGGGCGCGGUGACCGUGGCGAGCCGUGUGCCAGGGUCACGUCCGGGGCUGUGUGUCUGGCCUGGGUCUCAGGGGCUGGUUCCAGCCGGGCAGCGGGAGGCGCCAGGCCCGUCCCUGGCAGACAGGAGGCACCGGGCCGUUCUCUCUGUGCCCGGCUCCGGGGCAGCUGGGUGGUGCCGAGCUCGCCAGGCGGCUGGUUCCACCCGGAGCCAGGCCCCAGGAGCAUCUGCCCCAUCCCCAGGGAAGCAGCCGGCAGGGAAAAGGGCCCAGUGCGGGGGGCAGGCGUUUCUGAGGACAGACGCUGGCUUGGUGGGAGCUAUCGCGGGGUGCGGGGUGCACCCAGGGUCCUGCCCCGUGGGGAGCAGCUGCCAGCGGGUUUGUCUCCUGCAGGGAGCGUCGGAGCCCGGGCGGCUGGGAGCCGGAUGCUGGCGGGAGCUGAACCCCGCAGGAGCUUCCAGGGGCGGGUUCGGGACGUUGGGACUCUGGGAAACGCGUCCACAGUUUGUUCUCCAUGUUACCCAUUGUCCCGUUAACUCCAUGAGAACGUAAGAGCUGCCAGAGUGGGUCAGACCCAAGGUCCAUCCGGCCCAGUGUCCUGUCUGCCAACAGUGGCCAGUGCCAGGUGCCCCAGAGGGAAUGAACAGACCCGGGAAUCGCCCAGUGAUCAUCCCCUGUCGCCCAUUCCCAGCUCCUGGCAAACAGAGGCUAGGGACACCAUCCCUGCCCAUCUUAGCGAAUAGCUAUUGAUGGACCGAUCCUCCAGGAACUUAUUGAGUUCUUUUUUGAACCCUGUUAUAAUCUUGGCCUUCACAACAUCCUCUGGCAGGGAGUUCCAGAGGUUGACGGUGCGUUGCGGGAAGAAAGACUUCCUUGUGUUUGUUCUAAACCUGCUGCCCGUUCCUGUCAUUUCCCGAUCCCUAGUUACGAGGAGUAAAUAACAGGAGCCUCCAGCGGCUCCUUCUCCAGCUCUGGGCUCUGGUCAAUAAACUCAGCCUGGUUGUCUC